AUGGAUGCCCAGGAGAACAUAUGCCCAGACCCAGUGUCCUGGCGGAGAAGAACAUCACUGACAGGCACCCAACGUUUCCUGGGUGUUGUUGUGUUGACGUGGUGGCGUACUGGUUGCUCGAGCUAUCAAUUGCUGCGCCCGCGGCGACACGAAGUGGUUGCGGAGCAGGUGAAGCCAGCGUCAGGUGCAGCAGAAGCUUUCGCGAGGGUGCUCUGCUGUUUUGCGAAAAGGCGUGACCGUCACUCUCCGAACGUGUCUGCUACCACUAACACACACGCGCACUUGCGUGCGACGCUGGCGCGC